AUGUUCUCGAAAUUCACGCUUCCGCCGCUGGUGUUCAUCAUAGGCUACAUGUUUUACUUUCUUUAUGAACCGCAUGGAAGCAUCGGCCUCGUAUUUCAUCAACGAGCAUGGAUACAGCGUGAAAUACUCCCAUUAUCCCCACUUGCAGGAUGUUUUGAGCCUGAGCGCAUCAGCUCACUAUACAACAUCAGUGACGCUGUGUAUGGCGGGAAACGGUUUGAGGUUCAGGCAGGUGUACCAUUACGGCUGGGUAUGGACUGCUAUGACUUAGCGGGAAUAAUAAGAUUUGCAGAAGGGGAACGAAAGGCAGAGGAACGGUAUAUCUUACCAGAUGAGCGAGCACAGUUCCACACAUAUUGGCGCAUCGAUCUUGCACCUUUCGGCGAGAGACAAGAGUACAUGCUAAAGUCAUUUUUCGCUACGCAAGACCUCCCCCGCUCUCGUCUCAUGCUCUGGUCAAACGGCGACCUAUCACUCAAUCCAAUCGUGCAAAAGUAUCUCGAUCUGUUUCCUGGCUCGUUCACACUUCGGAUAGUGGAUAUACCUGAAUUAGCCAAGGGCACGGCGAUGGAGAACCACCGCUUACUCAAUCUCGAGGACAAGAAAGCAUGGGUAGACGGCGACCUCAUCCGUUUACUUGUCAUCUGGGCAUACGGCGGCGCUUGGAUAGACAUGGACAUGCUCCUAACUCGAGACCUCUCUCCAUUGCUUGAGCACGAAUUCGUAACGCAAUGGGACUGCUACGAUAAGAUUUACCAACCAUUCAACGGUGCGCUCAUGCACUUUCGCAAGCACUCGCCUUACCUCUGUGAAGCCUUCCAUCUCAUGGCACACAGCACUCCCCCACGUUCUCCAAGCACUGAUUGGGGUUCAGUUCUUUACCAUAGGCUAUGGCGACGCCUCCUCAACGAAUCCAUACCUCCCUUCAAAAUUUUACCAUUCUGCUUCUCCGACCCUCUGGUAUGUCGUCUCGACAACAGAGCGCCAGAGCCGUUUGAGCCUGAUCGCAUAGACGGGAAGUGGACCGGCAGACCCGGGGAGGGGCUUGAGGAGGGUGGGGCGCUCGAUAGGGCGCUAGGGAAGAUAUUUGCUGUGCAUUUGCAUAAUCGGUGGGAUCAAGCAUUUCCCAAGGGCGGUUGGGUGGACCGGCUAUUGUUGAGGAGGCACGAGGAGGAGUUGAAGGUGCGAAUAAAUGGUAAUUUUUGA